CUCAGCUCGGUAGCUGUAGGAGGGACUUCCUUUGUACAUACGCCCGCUUGCUUUUCCGGCUUUGUUGGAGGCCGACGCGGCAGCGCUCACCUGCUGGUAUGUGGCAAAGCCGCCGGCAGGCUAGGGUUUCCAGUUUCGGUGGCUUCGUAGGUUUUCUUUUAGCUUCUGAAAUCCGCUAAAAGCGGCAGUUCAUUCAUCUUCAAGUACCUAGUCUGACUGGUAGGGUUGCUCAGCAUUCUGAAACAUUUCGGAGCGGGGGAGGGGGGCGGCGGUGAAAGAAUGCUUUCUGUAAAUGGUCUCCCUCACGCCGCCCGUGCUUUGAAGGCUUUAUGCAUUAACAGAAUGCCGAACAUUUGUGUCCUACUCGCUCACAGCGCACACGAUCCUUCUAACAGUAUUUCUCAAGUACUUAACAAAAAGAUGAAAAACUGAAGUCCAAGCCGUGCUGCCGAUUCAGUAUAUCACACAGUUUAAAGACUGUCCAUAAAUUUUAAGCUUUCAGAAUCGUACAUUUUAAAAUCAAAUGUGUUUAUCUUCAUUUUGCUGGGCAGAAAGCCAAAGUACUGGACAGCCUGGUUCAGGGCUGGACGCCUAGUACACCUGCGAACUUGGAGCUCCAGAGACAUGGCAACGAAGGAGUCAGGAGAUGCCCAAGCACCGUUGGCCCCCUCCUCAUCGGCCACUCAGAGCAAGGAAGUGCCUGAAAACCCAAACUAUGCUCUCAAAUGUACUCUCGUGGGACACACAGAAGCAGUAUCAUCAGUUAAGUUUAGUCCUAAUGGAGAAUGGCUAGCAAGUUCUUCUGCUGAUAGGCUAAUCAUAAUUUGGGGAGCAUAUGAUGGAAAAUACGAGAAAACGCUCUAUGGUCAUAAUCUGGAAAUAUCGGAUGUUGCCUGGUCAUCAGAUUCCAGUCGUCUUGUUUCUGCCUCAGAUGAUAAAACUCUAAAAUUAUGGGAUGCGAGAUCUGGAAAAUGUUUGAAAACACUGGAGGGGCACAGUAAUUAUGUCUUUUGUUGUAACUUCAAUCCACCAUCCAACCUUAUCAUCUCAGGAUCUUUUGAUGAGACUGUAAAAAUAUGGGAGGUAAAAACAGGAAAGUGCCUCAAGACUUUGUCUGCUCAUUCUGACCCAGUUUCUGCUGUUCAUUUUAAUUGUAGUGGGUCCUUGAUAGUGUCAGGUAGCUAUGAUGGCCUCUGUAGAAUCUGGGAUGCUGCAUCAGGCCAGUGUUUAAAAACGCUAGUUGAUGAUGAUAACCCUCCUGUCUCGUUUGUAAAAUUUUCUCCAAAUGGUAAAUAUAUUCUCACUGCAACUUUGGACAAUACUCUUAAACUAUGGGAUUAUACCAGAGGCAGAUGCCUGAAAACAUACACUGGUCAUAAGAAUGAGAAAUAUUGCAUAUUUGCCAAUUUUUCAGUUACUGGUGGAAAGUGGAUUGUGUCUGGUUCUGAGGAUAACCUGGUUUACAUUUGGAACCUUCAGACCAAAGAGAUUGUACAGAAAUUACAAGGCCAUACAGAUGUCGUGAUCUCAGCAGCUUGUCAUCCUACAGAAAACCUCAUUGCAUCAGCAGCAUUAGAAAAUGACAAAACAAUUAAACUGUGGAUGAGUAACCACUAAUCCCUUUGGAAAUCAAGUAAUAUAGCCAAGUUGGCCAAGAAACGUAGAUAUUUAAAAAGGUUUCUUUUAUUUUGGCAGUUUUUGUAUUUUUUAAAUUGUCAAUUGUUAAAUUUUGAGAUUCAUACCCUACAUUUAGAAAAUGAGAUAGUGGAAAAAGCACAUCUGGAACUCAGAGCUUCUGACUUCCAGUCUUUCUUUAGAAACCUUUUUUGUAAUUUUUAUAGAUUUAUAUCCAUUUAACUUUAAUUACAGGGCUAUAUUGCCUAGUGGUGAAAUCUGGGCUUAGUAUACCCUCACCCAAAUAGUAUACAUCGUACGCAGUAAAUUCUUCCCCAUGUCUCACCCCCUCCCACCUUUGUAGUCUCCAGUGUCUGUGAUUCUGCUGUCCAAGUCCAUGUGUACACAGUAUUUAGCUCCCACUUAUGAGAUCGUGUGGUUUUUUAAAUUUUUUGUAUUAUUUCACUUAAUGGCCUCCAGGUCCAUCCAUGUUGUUGCAAAUGACAUGAUUUCAUUCUUUUU